AUGUCUGUGGUGACUGCCGGAUUCACAGUGUCUGGCGGUGGAGCUUCUGGUGCACACACCGCCUCAGUGCAACAACAACCGGCCAGUUCCGUCAGCCCUCUUUCUCACGCUCACAUCUCUUCCAGUCAUCUCGAACUCCCAAAAACGCACUGUCUUGUUACUCAAGUGAGCUAUCUCGGCAAGGUUGCGAAACAUUGCGCGGACAAGAGUUACCAGAGCGCGCGGGCCGCUGCCAAGAGCGCGAUUCGGAGCGGCCAAGACCCCGCGACCCUCUUCCUCCUAGCCGAGCAGGAAGACCGAACUGAUAACGCCCGUCGGCAAGACAUCUUGCUUGAUGAAAUUUCGACCGUGCACGGCGUCUCUUGCUGGCGCCUGCAUCCAAAGCAGCUCGAGAAACCGGACCCAGCAUGCAAGCUCUUGUCGGGCCAGCCUCAGCCUCCAAUCGACCCGAACAUCUUUCACAUCAACAGCGAUUUGCCGGUUGAAGCUGAUGAAAACCAGCACAUGCUGCUUGGUCCAGCCCGUGACAUGCCGAGAGCUGUGUUUGAGACCGCACUAUCGCGCCUCAUUGAGCAAUCGCCGUCUUGUAUGGAGAUGCACGUCGCACCGGCCGGUGACCCCGCGACGCUUGUCGAGCCGAUGGCAAACUUGGAACUUGGCGCUUCCUCGGUGCCAGCCUCUGCCUCUGCUUCUUCAGCGGCACCAUUGACCUUGCCGGCGCUGUCAGAUUCUGUCGCAAUGUUUCUCAACGGCAAUCUGUCUGAGGGCCCUCUCGAUUUCAUUGAGCGUGACGGGCUUGAUUCUAUUUCGUGCCUGCUUCUCGAUGCGCUGGACUGGACAAUCUUCCUGCCCCAUAUUUCGGCAGCUGAAAAGGCUGUUGCUUACUACAUUGCUACUCGCAUCGUUGGACAGAACACCGUCGAGCUGCUCUCGGAGCGUUCAACAUUGUGGUGGUUUGUGCGAGAUGCCCUGACACGCCACCCGACAACCGACGAUCGAGAAAUCAACGUGCAAGCCUGCUUGAUUGAGCAUUUGGAUUGUCUGAUUGGCUUGGGUCAGGGAGCUUCUGCGCCACUCAGCAAACUCGUUGAGUGA